CUGUCUCUCUUGUUCCAACUGGGUCCUGCGCCUCGCAGCUGCUUCGUGGAAGGAGGAUGGCCAACGGGGGUCUCCAGAUGUUGGGCUUCAUCCUGGCCUUCAUCGGCUGGAUUGGCAUCGUGGUCUGCACGGCCAUGCCGCAGUGGAAGAUCUCCUCCUACGCGGGGGACAACAUUGUGACGGCCCAAGCCAUCUACGAGGGCCUCUGGAUGUCCUGCGUCAUGCAAAGCACGGGGCAGAUGCAGUGCAAGGUGUACGACUCCAUUCUCAAGUUGCCAGGUAGCUUGCAAGCCACCCGGGCCCUGAUGGUGUCCAGCAUCCUUCUGGGUCUCAUCGGAGCUUUUGUCGCCAUGAUCGGCAUGAAAUGCAUGAAGUGCUUGGAAGAUGAUGAGGUCAAGAAGUCAAGAAUGGCCAUCCUUGGAGGUGUCAUCAUAUUAAUCUCAGGUGAAGAAGGUCUUUCUUCUGCCAAUCCGU